UCCUUCCUUUAUUUUCUGAACCAGCCGCAACGCAAGCCGUCUCCUUCCUGCCCGCUCACCACCUCACACGGCUGACGGCUGUUCCGGCGAUUCUAAGGUUUGGCUGUCACCUUCCCGCUAAGCCCCCGUCUCCCCCUCGCUAAUCGCGCUCUCUCUCGCCGGCGAGCCGCUGCCGGUCACUCUCCCUACCGAGCCUCUGCUGGUACUCCUUGCUCUCCCAGGCGGGAUUUGUUUGACUCCAAAAGAUGAGUUUCCUGUCGCAAAAUAUUCCCUCCAAAAGAAAUAAACCCGAUAACUCGAAGUUGGAGGAGUCGGACAUCAAUGAGCCCAUUGUUGUGAAAGAAAACGCUAGCGAAGAUGAUGGGGAGUUGUCGGACUUGGACGUCUCAAGGACGAAGAAGAGGAAGAAUGGGAAGGAGAAGGGGUUAAAAGAAGAAGAAGAACAAGAGAUGAAGAAGCUGGAGAACUUCUUGUUCGGGUCUCUUUACUCUCCUGUUGAGUUUGGUAAGGAGGAAAGGGGUGAGGUUGAAGACAAGGCUCCGGAUGAUUCAGCUUUGUUCUUUGUGGAUCGUUCUGCUGGCAGUAUGCUCUCUGUUUACGAGGAGGAUGGGGAGUUGCCAUUGAAUGUCGAAGAAGGGAGGGGGAAACAAAGGAAACCUGUUUGGGUGGAUGAGGAAGAGGAGAAGGCCAGUAUCAACAUAGCUAAAGUUAACCGGUUGAGGAAACUGCGGAAAGAAGAGGAUGAGAGCACUGUUACUGGGUCUGAGUAUGUUUCAAGGCUGAGGGCUCAGCAUGUUAAACUGAACCCGGGAACAGAUUGGGCCCGACGUGAUUCAGCCUUGAAGGGAGACGGCUAUUACUCUGAUGAGUCAUCAGAGGAAGAACGAGAGGGACCCGUGGUUGUCGACAGCAUCCUUCGGACGGACGAAGAUCUUGUCGUGAAGAGCAGCGUAAAAUUGUUGCCGGGACUUUUGGAGUACUCGAGGCUUGUGGAUGCUAAUGCCGAGGACCCAUCAAGUGGUCCAAUAAAUUCAGUUCAAUUCCAUCGGAAUGCUCAGCUGCUGCUUGCAGCAGGGCUAGACCGGAAGCUUCGGUUCUUUCAAAUCGAUGGGAAGCGGAACACAAAGAUACAGAGCAUCUUUCUUGAUGAUUGCCCAAUCCGUAAGGCUUCCUUCUUGCCUGAUGGGUCUCAGGUCAUUGUUUCCGGCAGGAGGAAGUUCUUCUAUAGCUUUGACCUUGUGAAAGCGAAGGUGGACAAGAUAGGGCCGCUCGUGGGUCGCGAGGAGAAGAGCUUGGAGGUAUUUGAGAUUUCUCCCGACUCCAGCACAAUUGCAUUCGUGGGAAAUGAAGGUUAUAUACUACUAGUGUCGUCCAAGACAAAGGAACUGAUUGGGACAUUGAAGAUGAAUGGAACUGUUAGAGCCCUAGCUUUUGCCGACAACGGGCAGCAGUUGCUGAGCUCAGGUGGGGACGGGCAGGUCUACCAUUGGGACCUACGAACCAGAACUUGCAUUCACAAGGGAGUCGAUGAGGGCUGCAUUAACGGAACAUCUUUAUGCACAUCCGUUGAUGGUGGAUAUUUUGCCUCUGGGUCGGACAGUGGGGUUGUCAAUGUUUACAAUAGGCACGAGUUCUUGGGAGGGAGUAGAAAGCCAAUCAAGGCCAUUGAGAACCUAACAACUAUGGUGGACUUCAUGAAGUUCAACAAUGAUGCUCAGAUACUGGCAAUAUGUUCAGGCAUGAAGAAGAACGGGAUGAAACUGAUACACAUCCCAUCGUUUACUGCAUUCUCUAACUGGCCGAUGCCAAACCAGUCCCUGGGAUACCCGAGGUGUUUGGACUUUAGCCCAGGAGGAGGGUUCAUGGCUUUUGGUAAUGCUGCUGGGAAAGUGUUGCUGUAUAAGUUGCAUCAUUACCACUGCGCCUAAUUGCAAUGAAGAGGGGUAUUCCUAGUCAUUCUGCAGCCCUAACAUCGAUUAAUUGGAAUGGAAUUCGAAUUACAGGUCACAGACUAAAUUUUGCCCUGUAGCUCUAAAAACCAUUAGCGGAUGUCUUUCAUAUUUAGGUUUCAGUAUUUACAUGUUUUUUGUUCUGAACCGGAGCUGAGGAACUAAAUUUUGCCAUGUUGCUCCAAAAAGCAUAUCAGAUGUUUGAGUUCCUUAUAUCUAGAAUCGAUAUUUAUAUGUUUCUUCUGUAUGAACGUCGGAAAUUUCUUCGAUGAAAAUUUUGUUGUGAAAAUAAAGCACUGUGCCUUUUAA